AUGACAGACUCGCUAGCCUGUCAGCGCUGUCAUCAGCCUCUACUCCGCGAUCCUUCGGUUGCAAACCUAACUCCAAGCCAAUACUCUCUUAUCGCGAACACACUCCCCUCCCCUCCCAACCCCUCCUCACUUCCAGCAAAGGCGAAACUCAACUCCCUUCCUCCAGCAUCCCGCCCAGCCGCGGCGGCAUGGGCCAGCGCCAACCCCAUCGCUGAGAGUUACGUUCUUCUUCCCGACCGUCCAUCCCAACCCGAACCUAAAUCAAGGUCAGACAGCCCACAAGGUAACCGCCCCCGGCUGGCGGCCAACUUGGAUGCCCUUCUCUCGAGCCGGACGGCGAUUGAUCACCCCCUCUGUAUCGAGUGUACGGGUCUCUUCCAGGCCGAAUUACAGCGCGAGUUGGAAGAACUCACCCGCGAGAGGGACGCGUAUAUCGCCUUUGAGAGGGGGUUGCGGAAACAGGACGGCCUGGUUGGAAGCAAGGAUGAAUGGGACGCCCUUACGGCUCGCAGGGGGACGUUGGAGGAGGAGGAGAGGGCGUUGAGGGCAGCUUUGAGGUUGGAGGAAGAUAAGCUCGCCAAGGCCAAGGAGGAGGAGGCGCGGGUCAAGGUCGACGAAGAGGGUAUCGAAGCCGAGGAGGCUGCCGCCAAGACCCAACUCCUCCUCUCACAACAGCUUCUUGCUCACCUCGAGAGCACGAACGUGUACAAUGACGCGUUCCAGAUCGGACACGCCCCGCUUGAGAGGGGACAUGUGGGAACGAUCAACGGGCUGCGACUUGGGGGAAGGCCGAAUGUCGAGUUCGACGAGAUCAACGCUGCGUGGGGCCUCGUCGCGCUGUGUAUUGACCGACUGGCGGUGCGGGUCGCGUGUACUUUUCAACGGUACAAGAUCAUUCCUCUCGGGUCGUUCUCGCGCAUUGAAGACCUUGCUCCUGGGCGGAACAGCUACGAACUGUACGGAAGCGGUGACCUCACACCUGGACGACUGUGGCAGAAUAGGCAGUUCUCGAGCGGGCUCGUGGCGCUUCUCGAUUGCCUCAAGCAGCUGCUCGAUUUUGGUCGCCAGAGCGGCCGUGCUUGGGGAAGCGGCGUCGAGAUAAACAAGGACCGCAUCAAUGGACACUCGAUCCGCCUUCCGGGCAUCACGAGCGGCCUGCCCGGCUUCGGGAGCGUCAUGGGCCUCGGCGCAAGCGCGGAAGAGCCCCGCGAUGUGGGUAACCCCGACGAGCAGUGGACGCGGGCGUGCCGUGCCGUUCUCACGGCACUCAAGCGCAUCCUCGUCGUCGAAAGUGAGGCGGAGCGUCAGUAG